AUGACGCAGCCAAUCCUAGUCACAGGUGCAACCGGUCACCAGGGCGGUGCCCUCGUCCGCGCUCUCCUGAACCACCAAAAUCCACCCAUGAUCCUCGCACUAACCCGAUCAACAUCUUCCGCGACAGCUCAAAAGCUCGCAAGCUCCUCACCAUGUAUCAAACUCGUGCAGGGCAGCCUUAACAACGUCGCUGAAGUCUUCGACACCGCCACGAAGAUCGCGCAAAGACCUAUCUGGGGCGUUUUCUCCGUCCAACCCGCUCAGGGCAUGGGCAUCCCCAACGAGGCCGAGCAAGGCAAAGGACUCGUAGACGAAAGCGUAUCCCGUGGUGUCAAGCAUUUCGUCUAUGCGAGCGUCGACCGAGGUGGUGAUGAGAAGAGCUGGACCAAUCCAACAAACAUCCCGCAUUUUCAGACGAAGCACGAAAUCGAGCUGCAUUUGCGUGAGAAGGCGGAGAGUUCGGGGAUGGGUUAUACGAUAUUACGGCCUGUGGCUUUCAUGGACAACCUUGCGCCGGGGUUCCAAGCACGAGUCUUUCUUGCUGCGCUUCAGGCUACUUUCGCCCCUGGGAAGACUUUGCAGUGGAUCGCGGUACGGGAUAUAGGUAUUGUGGGCGCCAAAGCUUUCGAGGAGCCGGAGAAAUUUAAUGGCAAGGCGAUUGGUCUUGCUGGUGAUGACCUUACUAUUGACCAAAUUGGCGAGGUUUUCAAAGAGACAACCGGGACCGCCUUAACACCCACUUUUCAGAUAUUUGGGAAGGCACUCAAGCAGUUUGUUGCUGAGGUUCGUCUUAUGGUUGAUUGGUUUGGGGAGGAGGGAUAUGGCGUUGAUAUCGGUGCUUUAAAGCAGAUCCAUCCAGAUCUCAUUGAUCUCAAGACGUGGAUUGUUGAAGACAGUACAUUUACCACCAAGGCUUAA